AUGUUCUUGAUCGCGAAAAUUGUGCGUGGUCGUCGAUUGCUUCAUGAACUUGAAAAGCAGGAAAAGGACGAACACUUGGCUGCUGAUGCCGCUGCUCAGUCAAAUGCUCUGGUACUUUAUUCAAGAUUUCCCUAUUCAUUGUAUCGAUUGAUUUACUUGACAGAACAAUCGACGUGGAACAGAAGCAAGUGCAACGACCGAGGGCGAGAGCGGCGAGGCAUCACAGUUCCGGCCGAAAAGAAGGUAGGUUCAGUCAGCAUAAUCUCAAGAGGUUUGAGGGGAUAAACAUCGGCACCAGGCACCGCACCAAUCUUUGAUUCACUUUUGUCAUCAUCUCAUCCAGAAUAAUGUCAGCUAGUUCAUUACUCAAAUCUCCUCAUCCAAUUCCGUUUUUCUCUCCGCCAACGACGUCGGGCGACAACUAAUUUGUCAAUCUCGCACCUCGUCAUUUCUCUUUCUUUCUAUCUACCACACAAUUGAAACCGUGACAUAUUGCCUGUCAAACCUACCGACGAACAUGUUUUCUUUCUUGCAAAAGGAAGUGAAAGGAGUGAAAAUGCAAAUGACUGGGUUUCGAGGGAUCUGAUGAUCUUAUUGAAUUGGCGAAAGGGGACACAUCUCCGUGAAAAUUGUAGUUGACCGUUUUUGUUUUUCAUAAUCCGAAGCGUGAGUUCUAGCCGGACAGUGCGCAAGAAAACCGGAGGAGGAUCUGUGGAUUCCAAUGUGCUCUUGGAAGAUGGGAAGCAUGCUCGAAAAAGCAGUAGCAUGCCAAGCAUCUACGAUCUGCAACAACAAGGUACCGAAAGUGCUCCGAAACGUUUUCACUAUUAUUUUUAGCCGCACCUCCAACACCCGCACUGAAACACUACAACUACGACACAAGACUGAGCAAGAUUCAGAAAAGAGCCAUUAGGUUCACCUGGCAUAGACUUCAGACUAGAAAUGGUGGAAAACGAGUGGAGAACGUUUUUGAAGAGGUUUAAUGCUUCAGAAAACAUGAUAAAAAUGUAUUUAUUUUAGGUCUUCGACAAGUUAAUCAAAACCCUGCCUAACAUUCGUGACAUGUUUUCCACGAGAAUGUUCUUGUGUGCCAUGUCACGAGGAACCACAUCCACUCUCCGCGACCACUCGAAGAACACCGUGAAAAUGAUUGAGACCGUCAUCAAAAAUUUCGACGUGGAAAAGUCAAAGAGAACGGACACUGGAACGGAGAACGAUCCGAGAGUUAUUGGUUUGUGGCACAUGUUUCUCAAACAAAAAUUAUGCGGAGAACUUGUUUCAGGGCGUGCGCACAGCAUCUUGAAGCCAUAUGGACUUGCCGGCAACUACUGGGAGAAAUUCGGAGAGAAGAUGAUCGAUGUGGUGUUGGCUCAGGAAGCUGUCAGGGACCUGCCAGGAGCCGGUCAGGCUUGGGUCAUUUUCACCGCGUGUCUUGUCGAUCAAAUGCGUGCUGGGUUUGACGAGAAUAGAAGGACGGAUCAUGAGGCCCAGAUGAAGAAGAGUACGGUUCUUCAUCACGCAACACAGCAGUUAUUGGAGGAUGUGAGUGCUAAAUCUUAACUGGUACUAUUAUUGUAACUGUUCAGAAUGCUACAGCCACAGCGUCCGUUUCAAACGGAGAAUGUUCGAGCUCAAGCCUUCCUUCUACAUCCAACGUGGCAUGCCCAUUUGCCAGAAUGUCUUUAACACCGGUAUCCUUUUUAACUAUAAAUAUAUCAAAGUAUUUUUACAAAUUUUUAAAGAAGGAUACGUCACGAUCAACCACCUCCGAGAACAACAAGGGCAGCGACAACGAUCUGACGGACACCGUUUUCCUGUAA